CCCUUGGCACCGGUACAGUUUGAAAUUCUACCCCGCGAGGUUCGGUAGUGUUUUCGAUUUCACCAUUAUUACUGUGUUUUUAUAUAUCGUACACUCGAAAAUAUGCCGUUAAGCCUGGCAAACUAAAAAAAAAGUUAUUAAAAAAUAUAUUUGCAAUAGAACUACCAGUGAACAAGUGCAUUAUAUUUUACCAUCUUAAUUGUGAAAAUAAGUGUUGUAGAAAACGCAUCUCAAGGAGAAUCGAAACCAAAAAAAAAAUGUCGUCCGAAUAUUCAUACUGCAGUGAAGGAGGUUUUGACGAAUUAUCCAGUUCCUCUGAUUCUGGAUUUGACGUCAGUUACGAAUCUCCUAAACAUGAAAUUGCCGCCGAUUUAUUUACACCACUCAAGGAGGAAAGGAGAAAGAAGACACGGAAUACUCGUUGCAAGAGUCCAACACAGGUGCUCAAGUUGAAAAGAAAUCGACGAAUAAAGGCGAAUGAUCGCGAACGGCACCGGAUGCACACCUUGAACGACGCUUUGGAGAAACUAAGAAUGACCCUACCAACAUUUCCGGAAGACACAAAAUUAACCAAGAUCGAGACACUGCGCUUCGCACACAACUACAUUUGGGCACUCUCACAAACUUUGGGCAAUUCAGAUAGUGGAGAAAUUACAGUUAAUGUGGGCAAUGUGACUGUGAGUAUCAGUGACACUGGAAAUAUGAUAACAUCAUCGACUGGCAGUUGUGCCGUCGCUGCGCAAAAAAGACUUGGACCUGCACACACAUCAUUUCCCUAUCCACAAGAAAGGUUCAUGCCCGAAUGGCAGGAAUACGAUUGUUACAGUGAUCAAAGUGUCAGUCCACCGAUUCAAUAUCAAGCAUGUUAUGACCAAAGAAUGUACACUCCACAAAUACCUCCAACUCAACAUCAUCAUAAUCUCAAUCAUCAUCUUCAUCACCAUCAUAUGCCACAUCAAGGAAUGUAUCAAUGUCUCUAGAAGUAUUUUUUCCUCUAAUAUUUAUUUAUUUAUUUAUUGUCCCUGCGUUGCAAUCAAGAGGCGAAGUUAUUUUUAACAAAUUAGAAAACACUUUGAUUGAUUUUUGUUCAACCAAACUAUUUUCUAAAUAUGCAUUAUUUCAACAUCAAUUUUCAACGUACAUGCACAGAGAAAACUACAUAAAUUCAAAACAUUCAAAUAUCAAACCAUCCUUUAUUCCUCUUUAUUUAUUGAAAUAAUUUGAAGUCUUGAUAUUUAAAAAAAUUAUACAAAAUUGAAAACAAAAAUGAAAAUAAAGUAAAAGAAAAGUAAAAAAAUUAAAAAAAGUAAAAAUAAAGAAGAAAUAAAUCAAAGAUAAAGAAAAAAUUGAGUGAACAAAGAAAAAAAACCCUUUCUCAGUGUUGGUACUUUUAAAAUAGAUGUUGAAUGAUUGAGUGUAAUACUUAAAUAUAAAGUGAUUAGAAAUUGAAGGUGCAGAAUCGAGGAGGAGUAUAUAAAUGCAUAAAAGCCUUAAAGUUCAAAUGUCAAAUAAGUAUUUUCUAAUAGGAAUGUAUAAAGUUUUAUAUAUGUAAGCAAGAUAUAUAUUUUUUACAUAAACAUUUGUAAAAUGAUUAAGUGAAAGGAUCAAUUUUUUUAGUCUAAGAAAAUAAUAUUUUAGAUAAAACUAUAUAAAUUAUAAAUAAAAGUCAAAUAAUUUUUAAAAUUUUAUCCAAAAAAUAGAUAAUUUUUCGAAGAAAACAAGUUAUGCUGCACUGUACAUCGUAUCUUUAUAUGCAAUAUUAUACAAAAAGCGAAAGAAAAGACUAAUGUACAUUUUUUCAAUUUUAAAAAAAAGAGUGUAGGAAAAGCGCCUUUAAAAACUCUAAAUUCAAAUUAGUAAAAAUCGUAAUUAAUUUUUAUUGUGACUAGUUUUUUUUGGUGGAAA